CAACUGCAUUCAAGAAGGGAGCAUCUCUUUGGCCUUUUGCACUUGUUAUUUCAACAUAGUCUGAAAAGUAUCUCGAGUUGUUCACACAGCUGCCCUACCAACUUCGACAAUCACCCAUACCAUCUACCUUAACAUGGCCGACGUACUGCUCUUCCCCGGCCAGGGAUCGACCUCACACUUUUCAGACCACGAGACUAUCCAUCAAAUCCUGGACCAGCUUGGACAAGAGCAAGCCGUCUUUGAUGGUUUUGUCCAAAGUUGCAAAGAUCACUUCCAAGAGGAAUACAACGCCCUUUCUCCAGAAGAUCAAUCAUCAAUUGGGAAUCCUCAGGAUAUCACUGAUUUUGUCCAAGACAGCAAAACAUUUCUCACACCACCACCAGCCCUGCAGUCUCACCCUAUCUUUGAGACAACCACAUUGUUCAUUAGACAGGUCUUGGAACUGAUGUUAUACCAGUCCCGAAGUGACGGGUCAGAUCAGCCAGUUGAAACAGCAGGCGUCUGCACAGGUGUCUUACCCGCUGCCCUUGCUGCAUCUUACCCAUCCUACCUGUCCCCGCAGUUCGUCCGGGCAGCCGCCCAGUCUUAUCGACUUGCCUUUUGGAUCGGUCUUAGAGUGUCUCAAUUUUGCAGCAAAGCAGCUGCUGAUACAUGGCGCGAUCUUCCAUGGGCAUUAAGUAUUUUCGGCUUGCCUGUUGACCAGGUAGAGAGGAUACUCACCCAAUACAUUGACGAGAUGAGCACUACCCCGACUCCUCGGAUCUCUGCAGUCUUUGCUGCCGACAACAUUUCCCUCUCUGGUAGCGGCCCUUCGCUAUCACAGUUCAAGACCAUUGCAGCCUCACAGCAUCCCUCAGCACAUUUCCGAUCACCUCACGUGCAUGGUUACUACCACGGUGGCGCUGAGAGCGUUUGUCUGGUGAACCAAGUACUCCAGGACGUCCAAACAAGAGAGAUUACCUUCCCUACCUGGCAAUGCCUUCAAAUUCCCCUUCGGUCCGUCGCUACCGGACAGUUACUUGAUCCUAUUGCCGCGGCCGCCAGCGGCUCCUCUCUUCUCGAAGUUGUCCUCCAUAGCGUCUUUGUCGAAACUGUCGGAUGGCUAUACACAAUCGGCUCUUUGACCCAAUCACUCAGAGAAGGACUGGACAAGGAUCCAGACACUCAAUACAGGGUCAUCGGCAUGGGUCCUAACGCCAGCUCCUUGGUGAGAGACUUGAGAACGAGCAUGCUAACUUCAAAAGUAAGCAUCAUCGAAUCUUUUGGAGACUUUGCACUCAACAGCCCCCCCGAAUCGUAUGCCAUUGUUGGGUUGUCUGUCAACUACCCAAAGGGAAAUGGCCUGGAUGAAUUUUGGGAGACCCUGGUGAGAGGAGAAUCCACUCUGUCUACUAUUCCUGACAAUCGUUUCGACAUCACCAGCUAUGGAAAUAAGGAUGACGGCAAAGGGAAGCCAAAACCUACACCCAACCAUGGAAACUUUUUGGAUGACGCAUUCAAGUUUGACGCCGCCUACUUCAACAUCUCACCAAGGGAGGCAAAGUGCAUGGACCCCCAACAGCGCCUUCUUCUUCAUGUUGCAGCAGGAGCUUUGGAAGAUGCUGGCUACAGCCCCAACUCCACACCGACCUUCAUCAAGGACAAGUUUGGUGUUUUUGUUGGUGUGGCUACAGGAGACUAUGUUGACAAUCUGAGGGAAGACAUCGAUGUUUACUACAGUCCUGGAACGCUCCGCGCCUUCCUAAGCGGCCGCAUUUCUUAUGCGCUAGGCCUCAAGGGACCAUCGAUAGUGUUCGACACGGCUUGCUCUUCAUCCACGGUCGCACUGCACCACGCGUGCCAGUCUCUCAAGUCAGGGGAGUGCACGGUUGCCCUGGCGGGAGGCAUAAAUGUAAUGUCGAGUCCCUACAUGCACUUGGGGUUGUCUCGUGCACACUUCCUGUCACCCACGGGUCAGUGCAAGCCUUUCGAUGUUUCGGCGGAUGGAUACUGCCGAGCAGAAGGAGCUGGCCUAGUCGUCGUCAAGAAACUCUCGGAUGCUAUUCGUGAAGGGGACCACAUCCACGGCGUUAUUCGUGGAAUGGGUCUCAACCAGUGCGGCACUGCCAAAUCCAUCACCCAUCCAGACGCUGCUACUCAGGCCGAGCUGUUCAACGAAGUCCUCUCUCGCAACCACAUCGACCCAGACAGCAUCUCACUGGUAGAGACUCACGGCACCGGAACACAAGCAGGGGACUUUGCCGAGAUUACGAGUCUACAGUCCACCUUUGGCAUGAGAGCUCCUGAUAACCCCCUGUACAUCUCGAGUGUGAAGGGAAAUAUUGGUCAUGCGGAAGCGGCAUCAGGACUUGCUGGUCUGACCAAGUUGCUGCUUGCCAUGAGGGAGAAGAAGCUGCCACCACAAGCAUCUUUCAAGACACUCAACCCUCGGCUCAAGAGCAUCCGGGAGCACAACAUUGUCAUCCCCACCGUUCUGACCGAUUGGACCACGAGAGACAAGACCCCAAGACGGGCACUCCUCAACAACUUUGGUGCUGCAGGCUCCAAUGCCGUGCUGGUACUUGAGGAAUACACCGGCAACACCCAGAAGCCGGUGAAGGCUGGUCGGAAUAAAGCCGAGAAGGUGUCUAGAUCGUCUCAUAUCCUCAACAUCUCGGCCAAAACUCCGGCUGCACUGGAACAUCUCAGAGAAGAGUACAUCAGCUACAUCAAGACAUACCCCAAUGUCAAGAUAGAGGACCUGUGCUACACAGCCACCGCACGGAAGAGAAAUGAAGGAUACGCCCACAGAAUCUCCGUCCUUGGCUCCAACGUGCAGCAGCUCGAGUCGCAGCUGAGACAGGAAGCGGUCACCCAGGUCGCCAAUCUCAAGGUUGCCGGUCACCGAAAGACGUUGUUUGUGUUUUCUGGUCAGGGUGGCAUCUACGCCGGCAUGGGUGGUGAGCUUCUGCUGACUUCGCCACGAUUCCGAUCUGCAGUGGAGAGAUGUGAUGGAAUUCUUACCGCAAAUGGUUUCCCUGCUGUCUCGUCGUACCUCUUGGACUCGGAGAGCUGGAGAGCAGAACCCAAACCUGUGGUGGAACAAAGCGCCUGUUUUGUUAUCGAGUACGCGCUGGCUCAGAUGUUCAUUCACUGGGGCCUCAAGCCUGAUGCUGUCGUUGGGCACAGUAUCGGAGAAUACGCUGCUCUCGUGACAGCGGGCGCCCUGACUCUGGAGGAUGGCCUUUUGUUUGUUGCCAAGCGCGCCAGUUUGAUGACAGCCAAAUGCCCAGCUGCUUCGUCCGGGAUGAUGGCCUGCGCAUUGCCGGCGCGUGAGAUAGAGUUUCUCCUCUCACAACACGGGUUUCCAGCUCUUAGUGUCGCCUGCGAGAACAGCCCAAAAGAUUCUGUGGUUGCUGGGUCUCUCGAUGAACUCACCAGAUUCGGUGAGCUUGCAAGGGCCAACAAAAUCAAGAAUAAGUUGCUCGAGGUGGCCUACGGCUUUCAUUCUCCUGCCAUGGACCCCAUUUUGGAGGAGAUUGAAGCACAUGCCGCGACUCUACGCCCCUGUCUGAGAGCAGAAGGUGCCGUCGACGUUGGCUUGAGCACUUAUGGCAGACUCUUGGAGGCAGGGGAGCAGAUCACAUCUGCUUAUUUUGCCAAGCAGACCAGGGGUACAGUGCAGUUCUCUCAGGUCGCACAGAAACUGGCGACAAAGCUGAAUGGUAACAACGUGACGGUCCUUGAAGCCGGGUCAUCUCCCAUCACGCUCCCCAUGGUGAAGGCAGCCUUCGACCCAAGCACGUCCCUUCUCCUUCCUUCUCUGCGUCCAAAGGAUAAGCCAUGGGUGGCACUGUGCACCAUGUUGCGAACGCUCUUUCUCCACGGUGUGCCUGUUAAAUGGAGAGAGGUAUACGACACUUCUAGCAGGAUGCUGUACCCCUUCCCACAGUAUCCGCUCUAUGGCGCCGAGUUUCUCAUUCCGUUUCGAGAGCUUAAGAAUGAAGUCGAGCUGGAGGGCUCUCUCCCGGCUUCACCAGAGCCCUUGUUCGAGUUUCUCACUUCUAGGGGGUCAUCGCCCCCAGACAAGCCAGAAGUCACGUCGUUUUCAACGCCAGUCAAGCAGUUGGCGCCAUUCAUCAAGGCCCACGCAGUAGGAAACACUCCUUUGUGUCCCGCCUCGGUCUUCAUGGAGUAUGCGCUAGAGGGUGCUGUGGUGACGGACGAUUCCCUUGCCAAAGCAACCAUAGCUAUGGAGGAUAUCACUUUCGACAAGCCUCUUGUAUACGACGACAACUCGCCACCUUCGGACCUGCAGCUGCAGCUAGAUCGCUCUCAGCAAGAGGGACAGAUUUUCAGUUUCAUGAGCGGAGCAAACCAUGUUCACUGCUCUGGCACCCUUCGGCAAGCUUCGACCAAGUUUGUUUCGACCAUCUUCUCACGCAAGGAAGCUUUUGUGAGACGUCAGAAAAUGACUUCGUUCGAGUUUGGCGGCCGAGAGAAUGCUAACUCCUUUUCCUCGCGUACCAUCUACGAGCUCAUCUUCCCGCGUGUCGUCGCCUAUUCAGAGCCUUUCCUCACUUUGGACCGCCUUACGGUGAGCUCUACGGGUUUGGAAGGCUUUGGGCAGUUCCGCGUGAGUGGCCUAUCACUCCAGGGCAGCUUUGUCUGUGCGCCCGCCUUCAUCGAUACCAUGCUCCACGCCGCUGGGUUUAUCGCCAACAUCAAGGUCAAUGACCAAACGGCAUGCAUCUGCACAAAGGUUGACCUGGCCAUCUUACCAGAAGACAGCAACGAUGUGUACGAGCGGGACCUGGACAUUUACUGCAGUCUUGUGGACUUGGAUGAUGCCAUUGUGGCAGAUGCCUACGUGAUGACAGAAGAUGGCAAGGUGGUGAGUUGCGUGGAGGGCAUGUCGUUCCGAAAGAUCAACAAGGCUGGCUUCAAAGCAAGCCUGGCGAGGGCGGCAGGCAAGUCUGUUCCUGCAACGUCCAAGCGGGUAGCUGCUCCAGUUCCGGCCAAGAGAGCUCCUGGUCAGAAGCAGGAGCAUGCUGCACGAGUUGAGCAGACACAGCAGUCGCCCGACAUUGAACAGACCGUUAUGGCAAUGAUCAAAGAAGUCUGUGGGGCUGGCGAUGACACCCGGAUGAGUACUACUCUUUCGGAGAUGGGCGUUGACAGUCUCCUGUUCAUCGAGCUGGCCGACGCCAUCAGGCGUCAGCUUCCCUCUCUCCAAAUCUCAACACAUGAACUCGAGGCUUGCAAUGCAGUCGGAGAUCUGAUGAACGUCAUCAAGAAGGCUUCUGCCUCCGGUAUCACGACGACGCACUCCUCGCCCUCCGUGUCCGAAGAUGGCAGGGCGACCUUCUCUGACGCCUCCACGAGUUCCAUCUCUACGCCUGUCACACCUCCUGAUGGCGAAGAGACCAGCAUCAAAGAUCUCUUGGAAGAUAUCUGCGGACUGGAUAUCGCGGGAGUGGACAAGACAGCCCCACUGUCUACUCUCGGGAUUGACUCGUUGCUCUCUAUUGAACUGCAAGAGGAACUGCAAUCCCGUCUUGGUCUUACCAUCGACAACGGCCAUGAAGGCAUAUCCGAGCUGAGAGUUGUCGACUUGGAGGUGCUGUAUGCCAAGAAGCUUGCAUCUCAUCGUAGCCAGGGGCAGCUUCAGGGAUUGGGUAUCCGGCACACCACCGGGACCACCCCACCCCCCCAUGCUUCCCAACGUGGUUUGGAGUCGGCCAAUGACAGUGACUUCCCCACUCAACUGCAGACACAACAGUCGGAUUCUCCCAAAGCCCCGUUGUACCUGUUCCAUGAUGGCAGCGGGUUGAGUAGCAUGUACCGCCACCUCGACAGUCUGAACCGCAACAUCUACGGGAUUUACAGUAUCGACGGCUCAUAUCCUGCAGAGAAACAGGCAAAGACAAUACAAGAGCUCGCAACGCUCUACAUAGACAAGGCAAAGCUGUCAAGGCAGCCCGAGAUCCUCCUCGGUGGCUGGUCCUUUGGCGGUGUGCUCGCCUUCGAAGUCUCCCGACAACUUCGCGCCCACCACCCCAACGUCACCGUCAAAGGUGUCAUCCUGAUCGACUCCCCCCUGCCGAUCAAUCACGACCCUCUUCCUCAACAAGUCAUUUGGCACGUUGUAGGCAGCAAAGGACGAGACUCUCCCCUGCGAAAGCAGAUCCAAGCGCAGUUCUCACGCCAUGCUGGCAUGUUGGAACGGUACAGUCGGCAGCAACUUGAAGACAUCAAGGGAGGAGGCGUGCCCUGCGCCAUGCUCUUCUGCACCAAGACCAUGAACACCGAGCGGGCAUGCGGGGUAACGUAUCCCUGGUUGAGUGAUGGUGAGUACCGGUCCAAGGCGGUCGAGAGGUGGGAGACGGUCGUCGGGAGAAGAUUGUUGGCUUUGGACCUGGACUGUAAUCACUUUGAGGUUUUUGAGGAUGGAAAUAUUGCUGAAGUAUCAGAGAAGCUGGGGGGCGCAUGUGCUUUGUUGGAAGGUCGAUCUUGAUUACCUCCUACCAGCUGGUACCAGGAGAGGAUUUUGAGAAUGAUUGUUAAAAAAAGUAGCUUGCCAGAGAAAAAGAAGGGAGUUAGCAUCAAGGGUAGCAAUUUCAUAUACAUAGGCACCUCAUAUUCAAUGUCAGACGAGUAUAACCCUGUAUGUAAGACUGCACAUGGUUUCAAGUCCAACUAGUACAACGUGUAGGCGAACUAUUAGGUGCGAGAAGCCCGUGCCACUGCAUUGUGACUCUUGAGUACCUACACGCGUCUGUAAGCGGAUAUUCUAGCGAUGUGAGGACG